CUUACAUGAAAACCACCUGCGAUCAAUGCUCUGAUGCCCAUUCUUGGUCGAUCCGCGUCACUUGGAAGUCCCGCUUACGUCAGCAGCCGGCGAGGGCUAACCCAGGAUCGUGAUGAUGCUCAACCGAGGACGAAGCAUAGACAUGUACUGACCGUCCGAAUCUUUUCUACUCGCCAAUGCCCUCUUCUACCUCCCGAGAGUCAUUUUAUCCUCCAUGGCUGACCCGCUCGCCAGCAUGAACGCCUGGGGUAGCCCUUUGCCCCCACAAAAGGACGAUCUCCCACCGGUACCCAUCAACGACGACGAGCGGGAAGGCCUAGGCGGCAGCAACGGGACGAUGGGCCCGCCGCACCUACAACGAGACCCUCGCACGUACGGGGUCACAGGUCCAACCCUGAUCGAUGCCUCAUCGAAUACUGCUGGUCCCGAACGAAAUCAACCUGCUGCUCCCUUCAUCCGUGUCAGGCUGGGCUCGAUAGACAGGAACAAAAAGGACCUCUUGAUCCGAUUCGACUUGAGCACAAACCUUCCAUCGUUCAGAGCCACGCUGUACCGAAAUAUCCAACGGUCGUACGCCGACUUUGGUAUAUUCGCCGAACAAAUCGCCCAUCGCAAUCCCCAGACCAUCGUACCGGCCCUGCCGCUACCUCAGACUUCGGCCGUUACAGACGAAGAAGACGACCGACUCGUCCGGAUCGCUCUACAACGCUGGUUCGCCAGGGUAUGCGACGACCCGAUUUUGCAACGGGACGACGAACUACGUAGUUUCGUCGAAAGCGACUUCGGAUAUCAACCCUCUACCCCACGCUCCCAACUGCGCUCCCGUGCGACGGCAUCAUCUUCCACCGGCGCGUUUUCGUCACUUUCCAAAGUCUUCCGUAAAGGCCCGCCGGACGAGGACGAGGAUCUGCAGGCUGCCAAGGGCGAGCUCGAGAGGCUGGAAGAACGAUGGGCAAAAGCUGCCAGCGCUGUCAAUUCGUUAGGAAAGGCUAGGAAGACGUUUGCUGUGGCCGAGGCGGACAGCGGGGGAAAGUUUGUCUCGCUCUCCACAGUGGAGCCUAGCCCGGACCUUGCACUGGCGAUGAGAAGCAUGGGUAGGGCUUUCGAAACGAUUGCCGGAUUGAUGCAGGCGCAGGCCGUGAGCGAUAACGUGAUACUCAGCGACUCGCUAGGUUAUCAAUCGCUAAAUGCCAAAUCCGCCAAGGAAACACUCAAUCAGCGCACGCACGUACUGGAAGAGGCUCAGGCGGCAUCCAAGGCGGCCAUCAACAAACGCCGCGUUGUCGAACGCAUGAAGGGGAGCUCGAACAUCAAUCCCGCCAAGGUCGACGACGCGCUCGAGGAUAUGCGAGAAGCUCAGGACCUGGACCAUCACCUAGCCCAGCGCGUACAAGGCAUCUCGAUGAACCUGCGCUCGGCCAUCCAAAGCCACUCUCGUCGUGCACACGAAGACAUCGCCGUCAUGCUCCUCGAACACGCCAAGAGCAAGAUCAUGCAGGAACGUCACGUCUUGAAAGAGCUCGAGAGCGUGCGACCAGAUAUCAAGAACAUCGGCAAGGGCGUCGUCAAGGUGGCCCGAGCGGCACCGUCGACGGGCAUGCAACGAACCAACAGCAUGCCGGGCGUCAGACCGAUGGCAGGAACGGGUUCGUACUACCAAUCAACGGGAGGACCAUCACAACCAUCGCCCUUUGUCGCUCCGAAUGCGAGCGGGUACUUGCCACCAAACUCGGCUCAUCACCCGUCCGGCAUGAGCCAGAGCAUGUACGUCGGAUCCACUCAACCGCGACAAUCACAAUUCGCGACGCAACCACAAUCGGCCUACCCUCAAGGAACACAGAUUCCUGGUCAGCUCCCGGCCCAUCCUUCGGCUCCCUCUCAACGACCCGAGUUUGGGCAAUACGAUUCCUCGGCGGAUCCGCUCGGGGCGCCCUCCAACGUCCCGCACAACGUCCAUAGUCCUCCGCCCCUCGGUGUCGGAGCCACUGCGACGACUUACAAUAACAUGGCUCAGAGCUUGUACAUUCCCGGGGGAAGCAAGGCACCAGGAGGAUAUGGGGGACCUCGACGUAUAGACGAUAGGGCUGCUGCGAGGAGUUUGGCCAACAUGUUUUAAUUUCGAGAGCAUCGUCUUUGUAUCCUACCAACUUUUCGCUUUCAUUUGUAUGUGAUCGUAGACCAGAUUAUAUGAGGCGAA